AUGGAUCAUUUUCAUUAGCUAUCGAUUUUUUUCUUAUUAAAAAAUAUAUUGCAAUCGUAAAUUUUUUGUCUCUACGUAUAAAUACUGUGAAGUGUAUUUAGACACAGACAUUUCAUAUCACGGUUAGAAGAAAAGUAAAAAUGUUCGUUAAAAUGAUUCUAAAAUUAUUGUGCACCGUUUUCUUGAUAUGUAUGGGAUUCUUUAGUAAUUACAAGAAACUAGUGACAGAAGCACAAGAGAUUCAUGAAAAUUCAAUGAAUAACGACCAGGGAAGUCUACUACUGAAUACCAUUCAAAUAACUAGAACAAAUAUCUACGACGAAAAUUUCCCAGAAAAUUUAAAAGAAAAAUAUAAACUUAGCUCAGAAAAUGUAACAUUCAUAAGAAAACUAAAAAUAGCUAUUAAAUAUUUUGAUACCAUGAUAAACAAUAAUGACUGCUAUGAACCAAGUCUAGAUGACAAUGGUUCUAAAACGAAUUUUUUUAAAGUAAUCGAAUUUGAAAGAGAAAAUGCAGAAAAUGAAGAAGAGUUGAAAUUAAUGACAUCGAAAUGUGAAUUGCCAAUGUUGAAAUAUGAAGAAAUGUUUAGAAAUUAUUAUUUGUUUUUUUUGGAAUAUUUAAAAUAUUUUCCAAUGCAGUUUAAUAAUCAAAAUUAUACUAACUGCUAUUCUGAUAGUUUAAUAAAUGUAAUAUGGGUUAAAAAAUUAGCUCGUUAUUACUUUUUUUAUGGAUUAAAACAGAUUGAAUUAAUUUUCACAGAUUUAAUAAUAGACGAAUUGUCAACCUUAAAGUUCUGUGUAUUAUCUCAGCCAAAAUAUGAGACACUAUUGAAAAACGAUUCAAUUUUGUCAGAAGUCAUUAUGAGUAAACGUUUUGAAUCUUCAAGAUUGCAAUGAUAUACCCAUGGAUAAUGUAAUAAAAAUUGGUAGAUUUAAUUUUCAAAAAGUAGUAGUUUUGCUUUAUCGUGAAAAAAAAAACAUAUUUUAUUUCGACAACAAUUUAGUUGAAAUAAUACAUUUUCCAUGUCAUAGGUGCAGUAAAGAAAUGAAAAAAUUAAUGCCGUCAGAUUGUGUGCCAGAAUUAAAUAGAAAUAAAGAAACAUUUGAAAAACUCUAUAAAUUUUUUGGUCUCCUAAAAAAAUAUUCAACAAAUUUUGUUGGUA